AACAAAAACCCAUUGCCCAACUCCUAAAACCCUAAACCCCUCUCCUCUGGUUCACCAAACCCUCUCGCUUCUUCUCUCUUGCAAACACCAAAAAUGGCUUUAAACAACGCCUUUCGUAGAGCGGCUUCGAGAGUUGUGCCUUUGGCCAUGCGGGUUGCCGCCGGAAGUCAAAGGUACCUACAGAACCAUCAAAGCUCUGCCCUUUUCGCCUCCAUCAGCUCCCCCACACGAAAUGUCCUGCAGAGGUCUUUGCCGUUGUUUUUUCACCACUACUCCACCAGCCCAAGUUCCGAUGAGGCACUCCUCCGAGUCAUCAAGUCUGAGAUUCAGUGUGCCGUGGAGUCUCAGGAUGAGGAAGAGGCGGAGGAAGUCCCACAGGGCUUCCCCUUUAAAAUUGAAGAUCAUCCUGGACAGCAGACUAUAACACUAACCAGGGAAUAUCAAGGUGAAACCAUAACUGUUGAAGUUCACAUGCCUGACCUCAUUACUGGUGAGGAGAAUGACCAUGAUGAUGAUGAUGAUGAUGAUGAACAGGAGGAAAGGGGCAACCAAUCUAGUAUUCCCCUGGUUGUUAGAGUCUCCAAGAAGAGUGGACCCUAUCUAGAGUUUGGUUGUACUGCUUAUCCUGAUGAGGUUGCCAUUGAUAGCUUGGCUGUCAAGGAAACCGACAACUCAGAAGAUCAAAUAGCAUAUGAAGGACCUGAUUUUGCGGAUCUGGAUGAGAAUCUGCAGAAGGCUUUUCACAAGUAUUUGGAGUUAAGAGGAAUCAAGCCAAGUACAACGAAUUUUUUGCAUGGGUACAUGGUUGACAAAGACAGCAGAGAAUACAUAACAUGGUUGAAGAACCUCCAGAAGUUUGUUCAGGCGUGAGCGUCAGAGAUUGGUAGUUUGGUGGGAUUUUUUUAUGACCGGGACGACGAAUACAUGAUCUGCUCCAUCUGAUUCUGCACUAGUAUAAUUUAGAUUAGCUAUUGAUAAAUCAUGAAACCAUUAAAAUUUUGAACUUUGAUGAGCCAGAAGUGCCGUCAUGUUACUAAUGUCUUUGUAAUGUUGAUUGCAUGGUGAGUAGAAAAUUGCAAUAAUCCAUCAUCGAUGGUUAAAGCUUUAUUUUCAAAUUAGGAGCUGUUGAACGCUUCUGCUAACUUCAUUUCAUUUUAUCGUGUAGUGUAGCAUAAAACUUCAUCCA